AUGGACCUUAAACUAUAUAAGAAGCAGUAGAAAUGACAGCAAACACGUCUUUUGAAAGAUACAAUUGCAAAAUCAUGAAGGUUUUUGUAUCAUUUCUAUUCAUUGCAAUCUUGACUGCAGGAUAUGUGAAGUCGAAGGAGCUUGAAAAUGAAAAACGUGAGGAUGAAGACAACUCCGUUUUUGACAAGAUACUUAGUAUCAACCAGCAAGCAGCCAGGUCUCGGUCAGGACCAACGCAACCGAAGUUAAUUCAAGGUGACAUUGUUGAAACCAAUUUGGUAAAGCAAAUGAUGGCAGGAGGGCUUUCACGUGGUGCAGCUACAACUAAUAAUCGGCAUCUUUGGCCAGAAAUAAGUGGAAAACGGCAAAUUCCUUAUGUAAUCUCAUAUGCGGUAUCGAGAUACAGUAACACAAUCCGUAAGGCGAUGGGAGAGUGGAUGGAGAAGGUCCCGUGUUUAAGUUUCGUGCCGAGAACUAACCAGCGGGGGUAUAUUAAUUUCAUGUCAGGAUCUGGAUGUUCAUCGGCUGUUGGUCACCAAGGCAGGCGACAAGAUGUUUCCCUUGCAAAUGGAUGUAUGCACCAUGGAAUCGUUGUUCACGAGAUAGGUCAUGCUUUGGGAUUCUGGCACGAACAAUCUCGCCAAGAUCGUGACGAUUAUAUAACCAUCUAUUGGAAUAAUAUAAAUCCCAAUAUGAAAUACAAUUUCAAUAAGAUGAGUGGAACAAAGCUCACUGAUUCUGGCUAUGACUAUAACAGUAUCAUGCACUAUGGCCCGAAAGCAUUCUCUAGAAAUGGACGAAUAACAAUUGCGCCGAAGAAAUCAGGGAGUACGAUUGGACAAAGACAGGGAUUAAGCAAAGCAGAUAUUCAACAGGCAAUGAAAAUGUACUGUGGUGGAUCAACUGGAGGUGGAACCAGCACUGGAGGUGGAACCAGCACUGGAGGAGGAAAUGCAGGUUGCAGCAAUUCUCGACGAGAAUGUGAAGCUUGGAAAAAAAGUGGAUAUUGUAAAACCCAGAGUAAACAUCGACAGUAUAUGGUGCAGAAUUGCAAGGAAGCUUGUUGUGUGAAUAAGAAUUCAAGAUGCAAAGAAUGGGCACAACGCGGAGAAUGCGCGAAAAACCCUCGCUACAUGUUUGAAUAUUGCAGAGGUGCAUGCCACGACUGCACUUGUUAACACAGGGGCCGCUGGUGAAAGACUUGUGAUAUCUUUAUUAAAUUUCUCAUGUAUUCCUAAGAAAUAAAAGAUUUAUCAAGUUAAA